AAAAACUUUCACAUAGAUGUAAUCUGUGGCGAGGUCAAGCAUUUCACAUAUUGUUUUCUAAGUACACUUCAGAUGACAUUUGCUUUUAAUUUGACACUUUAUCUUCAACCUUUAUGAGAAAUGGGGUAACAAAACCUAUGGUCACGACGUUCAGUGACAAGUGCCCCUAAUUUUGUCAUAUGGAAUAGUGUACAAAGGUUUGACAUGAUUGGCGUUGGUUCUUUUUCUGAAAUUGCAAAUCGUUUAGUUUUUGAGAAUGAUUUAUUAUCCACAUAAUGUUUAUUCUACUUGUCUCAAAGGAUAAUCGUGUUUCGGUGAUGUGUUGAAACAUUUCAUUUAGUAGUAUUUCUUAAAAGCUCAUAAAUCCUUAUGUUCUGCAGUUUUGGACAAAUUGUCAUAUAACUGGUUUCCGAGAGACCUGGGCAAAAGCAGUGACGAUCUCCCGGAUGUACGUGUUUCCAGUCGGUGCCGCAAUGGAUCUUUUCAAAAGGAGCAACCCGACAGGCAUCUUUAGUUCUCGUGUUCGGAAAGAUAGAAGUGUAGAGGAGGGUGUCGGCAACACCACUGAGUCGCGCUCUCCGAGUCGACAUCGACGGAUAUCAAACAUAGACCCUUCACUCACAACGCGUGAAAGAGACAUGCACCAACGACGCCGAGAGCCCAGCGUCUCCUGUCUCCGACUCCCGCCCAUAAAUCCUGACAAAAUGUGCCUCGUUGCUUCGAGUAGCUCACAAAACCUGCUUCUUGGAUACCCACCACGAAAACAGCAAGGUAACAGAAAGUACAGCUCCAGACCGGAAGUCCGCGGCGAGACCAGUAACGGCAGGACCAACGCGGGGAGACGAACCCUCAGACAGACUGAAAAGACCGACCUCCUUCUGAGCAGUUAUCUGGGACCUGUGUUGAAUUCGGGGAAUGUCCAUUACACACACAUCCUUCCUCCCAUUGGCGAAACGUACACAAUCCGGGCAAAACAAUACUAUUCAAGCCUUGGCGAGGAGACAAGUCAUUCCCCGGGUUCGAACGACUCUGAGUUCGAUGAAUUUGAAGAUGGUUUGCAAGGAGGGCAGUGGAUGGAAGAUUUCUUUGAGAAAAUGAGGAGGACAUUCACCUCCCAAGAUGACGUUUUGAGAAACUUUCUGUGCUCAAAAAAUUCUCAUCGCCGGUGUGCCAUGUGUUACGAGCUAGAUUAUUACAAUGAAACUGUAGGCGCUGUGGAUUACAUGCGCCACAAGGUCCUCAGCGACAUUCUGGCUGCAUAUUGUUUCUGAUUGUGAUGGCUGGGUGGAAAGUUUAACUUAACUGCGGGGCAACAGAAAUUAUACACUUGAAACUUAGACUUGACCAAACGUCAUCAAAUCUUUACUGGACUGAAAACAGUUGCCGAAACACUGCAAACUUAAGGCUCAACCCACACCUGUGAUACCCGUAUGAAAUACAUCACCAUCGAAUUACCGUUUCUCGUUGGUUUCAUUUUCAGCAACCACCAGACAUGGGUGUGUACUUUCUUUUACUCGGAAGUUUGUAUUGUUAUUAAUAACACUGCUACUUCUUAUGUAGGAAUGAAUAUAUUUGAGGCCAGACGCGGGUAAACAGGCCUGGUCUUUUUAUUUUGGGGGUUAGGUUGUGGUUCUCGAAUUGUUUUCUGUCUGUGUUUAUGUUUCUACCAUGCUGACUCCACGUGAUAUAUGGUGGAAGCUGUUGUUUGGGAUGAAGUACGAGAAUUACACAAAGAAACUUUCUGCAGGGACAGCUGUAAUACAUAUGUAUGGAAUGGGACUGGGGACAUUAACAUUGACAAGGGCCACGGAAGGUCGAUGGUUCGAUGGUACCCUGCCUGGCGCGCGACAUUAAGGGGAUGA